UUAUGGUCAAUGGACGCGUCUCUUUCUUGAGUUUGCGACAGUGGCCAAAUUUUUAUUUGGAUCUUUUGAUCCUUAUUAAUGGCUGCCGUAUUGCGUGAUUGAAUGUUUACUCUAGUUCAAACAUGAGUGAUUAUUCUUCUAUGGCUACGCUUCAAAACAAUAGUGUCACAGGGGGAUUUGCGGCAGCUUUACAACGUGCGAAAUUGGUAGCCGCCAAAAUUGAAGUUGGUGGAAAUAAGAGAUCAUUAGACGACGGACCAGAACCAAGCUCAAAGAAACUUGCAGCAGCAGAACCUCCCUACUCACCACCUCAAAUGAGUGUAACAGCAGCAGCAGCAGCGGCCGCCGCGGCAGCAGCACGCCUUGCUGCUAAUUCUGCAUCCCCGCCUGCUCCAUCCGGGCCCCCGAACAUGAUGAAUGACCAGGCUAUUAAUGACUAUAUCAGGGUUCCUGAUAAAAUGGUCGGCCUCAUCAUUGGUCGUGGAGGAGAGCAGAUCACAAGGUUGCAAGCAGAGACAGGGUGCAAGAUUCAAAUGGCCCCUGAUUCCGGUCAAGCAGAACGUCUCUGUACCCUUACAGGGUCGCAAGAGGCUAUUGCUAGGGCAAAGGAACUUGUAAAUAACAUAGUGAAUCACCGUGGACGGGAGAACGCGCCACAACAUCCCGAACAGGGCAUGUCUCCCAUGGGCCCUAGGGGAGGCGGAGGUGGUGGUGGUGGUGUCGGUGGAUUGGGCAUCACUGAUGAGAUAAUGCUACCCGGUCCUAAAGUUGGUCUCAUUAUUGGUAAAAAUGGUAAAACCAUCAAGCAGUUGCAAGAGCAGUCUGGAGCCAAAAUGGUGGUCAUUCAGGAUGGACCUAACACGGAAUAUGAAAAGCCACUCCGUAUAUCAGGCGAUCCGGCUAAAGUAGAGCACGCCAAGCAGUUGGUGUACGAGUUGCUUCAGGACAAAGAAGGCGGACAGGGCGGAGGUCGCGGGUUCGACGAUAAUUAUGCUGAACAGGGCAACGGUGUUACAUCGAGUGAGGUUUUGGUACCAAAAACAGCAGUUGGUGUCGUCAUCGGACGCAACGGAGAUAUGAUUAAAAAGAUUCAAAGCGACUCGGGCUGUAGGGUCCAGUUCCACCAGGAGAGGGAGGAGGGUCCGGGUGAUAAGAGAUGUUAUCUGCAAGGUCUUCCGCAUCAAGUGGACCACGCCCGGCAGAUGAUUGAAGAUUUGAUCAACAGUGUUAAUGUGAGUUCAUUUGAACAGUUGGCAAUUCGCUCGGGACGCGGUCGAGCGGGCAAGAAUAACAACCCUGGCAACGACAGAGACUCCCAGCAGUGGCAGGACAACACUCCGGAAGUCAGGGUCACCUUCUCGAUGCCCAAUGUCAAGUGUGGACUCAUUAUUGGCAGAGGUGGCGAGGUAAUUAAGCAAAUUAACGCGCAAUCGGGUGCGCACUGCGAGUUAGACAGACGCGCGCAAAACCAAGACAGAGUGAACCGGACUUUCUUCAUCAAGGGACAUCCAGAUGCCGUCGAAAGCUGCAAGCGCAUCAUCAUGGAGAAGGUUGGCAUGCCAGUAAACUUCAUCCCCGAUGGUGGCCCGGGUAGCGAUAAUGGCAACGGUGGCAACAACGGGGGUGGGGAGUACUACCGCGGCGGAGGAGGGGGAGGAGGUGAAGGCGGUGGAUCCGCCUGGGGUUACAACCCGCAUUGGCAUCAACAGCAGCAGCAACAGCAGCAACAAGUGCAGAUAAAUCCGGCGACCGGUCAGCCGGACUACUCCCAACAGUGGAUAGACUAUUACCGGUCUCUCGGUCUCAUGAGGGAGGCUGAAGCCAUCGAGCAGCAGGCUAAGCAGCAGCAAAUGGGCGGACCCAACAACCAAUCUAACUCGGGCAGCCCGAGCCAGACGAGCGGGCCGGCGAGCACUCCGCCGAGCAGCACGCCGAGCAAUGCGCCAGAUUACAGCGCGCAGUGGGCCGAGUACUACCGCAGCAUCGGCAAGCUCAAGGAGGCCGACGCCAUCGAGGCGCAGAUCAAGGCUAAGCAACCGCCGACUCAGCAACCGCCCCAACCGACCAACGCUCCACAGGCGGCACCGAGCCAGUCCCCGGGGGCCAUGGGCCAAUAUCAGUACCCGAUGUACCCGCCGGUGUACCCCUAUCCGUACCCGUACGGGAACGCACCGGACUCUGGACACCAGUAAUAAACCUGCCGGGGCACCACGGAUUGUCAGAAGAUACCUCCUAGCUAUAUGAUAAUUAUAAGUAAAGCGUCUUACGUACAGCCAAAAGUUACUUCCACGAGUGCACUUUGCAGCUGUACGGUUCCUUCGCUCGAUUUUCGCGAAAAGGCCAAAGUGCACUCCAUAAAUAUCGAUUUGCUAAUUUCAAUUGUGAUUUGUAUUAUGGGCGUGUGGACUUAAGUAAAUGUGUUAAAUUCGAUAUGUUAGUUUGUCCAGGUUAAAAUAUCCACACAGCCUCAAACGAUGUAUUAGACCGACGGAGCUUAUAGACGAAAAGAGAUCCUACGCCACCGGAAUAACGAGGUAAAUGCACUGGAGUGACUUCUUCUACACAUGGUUUUAUUAUUUAUUUCGCGAAAGUGCAAAUAAAAUCUCCAAUUACAGGACAUUCACAAUUGUUACAACUAUGUUUAGAUUAAGUUUAAAUCGCGACUUGAGCUCGGUAGGUUAAUACGAAACAGACGGUAGUUACAAAAUUUAUAAUAUUUGACGGUAGUUUAAAAUUGUGUAAUUAGCUUUGAUAAAUCUAGGUGUAUCCAAGGUAUGUUUUACAUUCCUCCCCGAUUAUUGUUCGAGAGUUUGCACUGGGUGUACCCCAACAUUGUACUAAUAUUAAGAUAUAAAAUGUAUGUUUAAUUGAUA